AAUACAUAUUCGCUGCAUUGCCUAGAACCCAGAGAGGGACUCCCCUUGUCCUUGGAGGCGACCCCAAGGGGAAGAGCUUCCUGUAUACCAAUGGAAAUAGUGUUAUCAUCAGAAACAUCGAUAAUCCUGCAAUUGCGGAUAUCUACACCGAGCACUCGUGCGCUGUAAACGUCGCUAAAUACUCGCCCAGUGGAUUUUACAUAGCGUCUGGAGAUCAAUCCGGGAAAAUUCGAAUUUGGGACACAGUAAACAAGGAGCACAUCCUGAAGAAUGAGUUCCACCCGAUUGGAGGUCCCAUCAAGGACAUAGCUUGGUCCCCAGAUAGCCAGAGAAUGGUUGUGGUGGGUGAGGGUCGUGAGAGAUUUGGCCACGUGUUCAUGGCUGACACUGGAACCUCAGUGGGUGAGAUUUCAGGGCAGAGCAAGCCCAUCAACUCCUGCGACUUUCGCCCUACGAGACCCUUCAGACUGAUAACUGGCAGUGAGGACAACACCGUUGCCAUCUUCGAAGGUCCACCCUUCAAAUUCAAAAUGACCAAGCAGGAACACUCGCGUUUUGUUCAGGCAGUCAAAUAUUCCCCCUCAGGGAACCUCUUUGCAUCAGCUGGCUUCGAUGGCAAGGUUUUCCUCUACGAUGGUACGUCCUCGGAAUUAGUCAGUGAGAUUGGAUCACCAGCUCAUCAGGGAGGAGUUUAUGGAGUCACCUGGAAGCCAGAUGGCACUCAAUUGCUCACUGCCUCUGGAGAUAAGACGUGUAGACUGUGGGAUGUAGAGACCAAGAGUCUCAUUACUGAAUUUAAUAUGGGUAGUACCGUAGAAGAUCAACAAGUUAGCUGUUUGUGGCAGGGUGACCACUUGCUCUCGGUUUCACUGAGUGGUUUCAUCAACUACCUGAAUGUCAACGACCCCUCUAAACCCCUGAGAAUAAUAAAGGGCCACAACAAGCCAAUCACAGUAUUAACCCUGAGUCCAGACAGGGGAACAAUUUACACUGGCUCCCACGAUGGUCACGUGACAAAUUGGAAUGCUUCCACAGGGGAGAAUGAUCGUGUCCAGGGUCAGGGUCACGGUAAUCAGAUAAAUGGUAUGAAAGCAUCGGGUAAUCUGCUGUACACAGCUGGGAUUGAUGACACCCUUCGAGCAAUUGACAUCGCGAGCAAUUCGUACAACGAUGCAGACACCAUAAAACUCGACUCACAGCCACGAGGACUUGAUAUCUAUAACGAUAUAGUUGUAACAGCUGCCAUGAGGCAGAUCCAUCUGACUCAGUCAGGGAGAAAAGUAUCAAAACUUCCUAUUGAUUACGAGCCCUCUUGUGUGGGAGUCAAUCCAGAAACUGGGGAUGUAGCUAUUGGAUCCACAUCUGACAACAAAGUUUACGUUUACAAUCUCUCUGGCACGUCACUGACUUUGAAACUCGAGCUGGAGCAUUUGGGGCCUGUCACAGAUGUUGCUUACAGCCCGGAUAACAAAUAUCUAGUUGCCUGUGAUGCCAACAGGAAAGUUAUUCUCUAUAUGUUGCCAGAGUACAAGCUGGCACACAACCGAGAAUGGGGCUUCCAUAAUGCUAGAGUGAAUACCGUUGCUUGGUCGAGUGACUCGACAAUGGUUGCCAGUGGCAGUUUGGACACUACUAUUAUCAUUUGGAGCGUUACGAAUCCAGCGAAACACACCAUUAUCAAAAAUGCUCAUCCCCAGAGUCAAAUCACACGUCUUGUGUGGCUGGAUGAAGAAACCUUGAUAUCGGUUGGCCAAGACUGCAAUACCAAAAUAUGGCGUGUGGAGAAAAUCUAACGAGCCAAAAGAGCAAAAAAAAACGGAUUAAUUUCGUCAUUUUUAUACUCUCGCUUCAAGAAACAUGAAACAUCACCAACCAACUUUUUUGAGAAAAUUUUUCAUAAACAUUUUGAUGCACUUUAUUUAUUUUAUAAUUUGUAGCAUACAAAUAUUGUAUAUUAUUUUUGAAUACGAUUGAUGAUCGAUAUACAAUUCAAUAUCCAGUGGAUUGUCAUUAACAAUUUUCCACACAUUAUUUUCCAAUGUUUCAAAUUAUCAUUACUUGGCACAGACGGAUAUGUUUUCGACAGUAUUCCCCCAUCUCCAUAAUUUCUAAACUCUUACAAUAAUAAUCAACAACCGGUUUAGACACGAUCAACGAUUAACAACAAUUUUAAUCGAGAGAUAGGAAAAAAAAACCUAAUCGAAACGCAAAAGAGAAAAAAAAAUGAGUGUUCAAUUCAAUUAACAAUUUCACAUCAAAAUAAACGAAUCACCUAGAGUGCCUCAAUUACCAUAUAUCAA